AUUUGAGGAUGCUGAUUUGAGGCGGAAUGAUCAGAUGCUAACAGGAUGGGACUGAGAUCGACGGAUUGGACUGACCGAAGCCUUAAUGAAUGUGACCAUGUUGAAAAGGUUCUGGCUUUUCUAUUGAUCGGGGGGGAAUAGAGCAGGUGGCAGCGGCAGUGAUUAAAGCGAGAGAAAACGAGAAGAUAAAUGAAAGACAAUGAAAAUCAACAAACAAAGCCAGGAUAAGGGGAGAAGCUUUGACUUGAUUCAAUACUCCAUCCACUGCACCCGCUUUGUGUCUGACUAAGGCUCCUCUGGAUAAAGACUUAAUUGGCCCUGAAAGGACAGCCAGAACUAUAAACAACCAGAAUUAAUACAAAUUCAGCCAUGCUUGGAAGAGAGUAACCCUGGAACAGUAACCCUGUGGACACACAAAUGGAUUUCGUCUUGUAUUUUCAUGGUUUCUUCAACAUAUUUUUGGAAUAAUUUGAUUUGGACAUUAUUUUGUUUUUAUGUUAUGGAGAAGUUUUUUUUACUACUUUGAUCACAAGAUUGUCCUGACUCAAAUAAGCCAAGAAAGAACAAGCAAAGAUUUUGAAUAUGACAUUUGACAUUUUUCAUCUCUGCCAUUGCCCCCUCAAAGCCAGCUGCCAUGCAUCUGGCAAAUUCUGAAUUUUGUCUUACAAGCACAUUUUUUUUUCAAAAUCAGUGAAAUUACCAAAUUCACAAUUCACUCUUCAAACUACAGUCGCGUCUCCCACCAACCCUUCCCACCAUCAGCCAUCCGACCAAUCAUGGGCAAGCCUCUUAGCCGUCCCGGGUGUUUCAGGAAAAGCUCCUGCUGCCUGGAGAAACCUGGGGAUGGGGGAGUGGGAGGGAGAGCUGGGGGACUGGAAGGAGGAUAUGGAGAUGGCUACGUACCCCAACGAUCCAUCUACGAUACCAUGUGCAUCAAUCAACAGAUUGACAGCCAUCACCAUCACCCUGGAGGGUCCACUAGAAGAGACAUUGGAGGGCAGGGGAGUUUUAGCUACUCUGCAAGCGGCUCCCUUAGGGUUAGCAGGUCUCCAGCUGACAUGUUUGAUCCGCAGCCCCGCUCUCUAACUCCUAACCCCUCAUUUGUUCGACGACUAGAUGAAAGAGCUAUCUAUGAUUCAUUGAAGCUUGGCGCUCAAGAUGUCGAUGGUGGUGGCUGCCAUUCACCGGGAUGUUUCAACCGAUCAGUUUCUCCCUCCGUGUCAUCAUUCUCAGCACCUGGAGUGUCUUCUUCCUCAUCCAAGAAACAUCACCAUCAGCAACACCAUCAGCAACACCAUCAUCACCAUGGAGAAAGUACAAAGAGCAGAGAUGGCCGACAUUCCUGGAAGGUCUUGACACCUCCGAAACACUUGGAAUGUCUUGAGCUUACUACAAACGAAAUGAUAGACAGGGGAGGAGGGUAUCUGAACCCCGGGCAAUAUCCUCCCCCUGGGGGCCAGUCCUCCUCUCUUACCUCCCCUCUCAUUUCCCCCUUCUCAGGCUCACCCCUCUCUUCGGGUUACCAUACUCCAGUGUUUUUCUCCCCUGCCAAACCUCGCCCCAGUCAGUCUCAGAGUUUGCGAUGUUCACCUCCCCAAAUCACUCAGCCGAGGCAUUAUUCCCAAACACAGAGCCUUAGACUGUCCCCCCCUCAGGAGCUUCGACGAUCUCCCUACCGUGCCCCUCUGGUCCAAUUGUCUGCUCAUGACCUCGAGCAGGACAUGAGGGAACGAGGAGGAGGAUGGGGCCGCAGUGAGCGAGAAAGGGAUUGGGAGAGGGAGAGAGAAAGAGAGAUGGAGCGAGGGUGGGCCCAGCGUGAAUGGGAAAGAGAGAGGGAGAGGGGGAGGCUAGAGAGAGAGAAGGCAAGAGAAAGGGAGAGGAGAGAAACAUCUAGCUUUGGGACCUUUGGAUAUGGUCGACCAGUUCCAUUGCGUUUAGACAGAGACUCUGUGUUUUUAGAGUCUGACCAGGUUCUAGACACAACACCCUUGUUGCUGCCCCACCCCUCACCCUCCCCCAAUAAUGCCCCCAGAAUGGGCACGGGCGCUGUUGGUAGGAAUCGAGCCAGCUCCAAGGUGGGCCCAGAAAUUGGAGGUGGAGGUGUGGUUUCAAAGUUUGACAAUGGUAAUGUGGGUUUGGUGUUAGUUGAUAGCAGAUCUGGGUGUGGGCCAAGGUUAAUAAGUGAGGUUGCAAUUGGAAACAUGUCAGAGGCUGAAAUCAGAGGUGGAAUACAAGAACACCACAGAGUUGAAAACUGGAACAAAUAUGACAAUGGUUCUAGGACUAAAAAUGAGUCCGAAACAAGAAUGGGUUCCCAGAUGAAAACAGGACCAGGGGGACGGGAUCUGGAAGGAAAAGUGCAGUCUGGUAUUGGGAUAGAAAAUACCUCUCCAAUUGUGAACAAGGAGGGACACAGGGGAGGAACAAGAACUGGAGAAAAAAGUGUAAGGGGUGUGGCUAAGCCAGAAGCUUUUGAGACAGUACCUUCAACUGUGAAUGACACAGAGAACAGGGUUGAGUCUGCUGGGGAUAAAGUUGAGGUUGAAGAUGAACCUGGUCCGGGGGUGAAGCCAGAGAUUGAGGCAGUGGUUGAGGCCAAAGCCAGCACAAGGCAGGUGGAGAACAGGAAUGGAACAGAAGCAGGAGGUGAAGCUUCGGUUACAAAUGAGGAUGGUUCAGGAGCACACUCAAGAAUGAACGAAAACAGAAGUUAUGAUUGCCCCUAUAUCUAAGCUUGAAGUACUUGUUGAUGGUAAUGAAACAGAGACUAAUAGUAACACUAAGACUGUGAUUGUCAGCAAAACUCAGAACAGCAACAAGACUACAGAUAACGCCCAGAUAAGUACUGUCACUGGGGGAAAAACAGAUAUUGUCCCCGCAGAUCAGAUUGAGAAAAAUCCUUUAGACAUUGACAGAACUGAAUCUAGACAUGUAGAGAAAGGUUCCAGGUCCCACAAGUCCAAACCAUCCAAAUCCAGCUCUAGAUCUCGGCCUGGCACAGCCACAGGACUCCAACCAGGUGUGGUCAGCCCUCACCCAAGUAGAGGCUUUGCAGACCUUGAGUCAACGGGCCCUGCGGAGGGCAUUGAGUCCACCUGGCCUCGCCGAAUCAUGGUCAGAAAGAGGACUGUACGGCAGGGCGGGGCACUCCACAACCUGCCCAUUCUCCCCCCACUCCCUUCUGUCCUCUCAGCAUUGGAGAAAAGACGCCCACAUGGUCACCUCCAGUCUCGUACAGGCCACUUCUCAGAGAACCCGCUAACAACCAUUACGAAUGCUUCAAGUAUGAUGGGACGAUGCUCACUGAAAGAGCCCUCUCAUCCAGAGUUAGGACUGGGGGCCAGUGUUAUUGGCCGGGCUUCCCUGAAGGAGCAAAACCUGGAGCACUGGAGAAUCUGCAGAGAGCAGGAAGAACCCAGAAGAUCCAGGAGCAGGGAGAAGACUGAGAUAGAGGAGAGGGUGGGUAAGGAAGAGAAGCCAGACAAGACCAUGAGAGAAGAGAUAGUGAAAAGGGAAGAAAAAGUGGACACGGAGAAAGACAGGGCUACCAUCAGUGAAGGCCUUGUUGAGGAAACCAAAAGAGAAAACUCAGAAACAAGGGUUAAAGGGAAGGGGCAAGAGGCUGAAAACCUAAAGCAAGAUGUGAAAAAGGCAAGAGAUGUAAAAAUGAUAGCGGGGAAAGUGGACGUUAGAGGAAUGAAGACUAUGGAUGAAAUACAAGAGCGGCAUGUUAAAGAGUUGGAAAAGGUGGUAGCUAAAACAAAAAAAGAGGAAAGCCAAAUGGAGGAGGAAGAAGGAGGUACAUUUGAGGAAGAAGGGGGAGUGGAGGUUUGGGACACCGUCCUUGAUAUGGUCAACACUUUGUGGGAGGAGGGCUGGGAGAAAGGGGAAGAGGGCGCAGUUGGCGAUGCAGAUUCUUUCUCGGGAUCCCUGCAACGUUGGCCUCUUCUCCGACCACCAAUUGGCUUUGGGGGCUCCCACCCCCCUUCAUCAGCAGCCUCGGAGCUCAGCCUGUUAGAGUUGGAAAGAAGAGCCAGGGAGCUGGACUCUGACCUGGAGCAUCUUGACCUGUCUCAGCCCCACAGAGACCUUCAGAUUGCACACCAAUCCCUGCUGGAGCCACAGAGGGAGCGAGCCGACAUGUACCAAACACACCCUGGGCCGCAGAGGGAAAAAGCUGCUCCCACCACAGCGGCGGUGAGCAGAAGCCGGGUGACUUUGGAGCUCACUGGUACGGCCUCACCGGCAACAGACGCAGACCGACCUCCUGUUCACUGCUCGGCCAAUUCUCCUGGGACUUCCACUGUUGGCAUAAGCUCCACUAAGGAAGACAGCUCUCCAGACUCCAACCUCACGCUGGAGUCCGACUCCAGUGGCGUCUUCCUCUCCUUAUCCAACCAGAGCCAGGAGGAGGCCGGCUACGACAGCGACCAGCCGAUCAGCGGCUCUGACCUGGGCAGCAGCAGCACGUCGCUGGAGAAAGACGUGGACGAUGUGGGGCUGAAGGAGUGGGGGAGGGAGGAGAGUGCUGAGCUACAGUGGUGCUACCCGUCACUUCUCAACACACCUGCGCACGAGGACCUAGGAAGUGAAGGCAGCAGAGAGGAGACAAGGAGUGGACAGACGGGGAGAGAUAGAGACAGAGGGAAGGAGGAGAGUGGAAAGAGGGCUGGUAAGAUAGGAACGGUUUCAAUCAUUAGGACUCAACUGGACCAAACAAACAUGGAGGGCUCCAUCGCUUUCAAUGCUACACAAAGUGCAGAGGCACCACCCAGAAGAAAGGUGACCCUCAUGGGAAGUGACUUCCCUCUUCCCAUGUCUCCCACGAAACCAACCAUCAAAAACCUUCUUGAUCCCUAUCAGAAGCCAAUUAGAAGCUCAGGACUGGACUGCGGCGACAUAGAUCCCUUUGUCCAAUCGGACAGCUUUGUUUACCUUGCUGUGUCAGCAAGACCUGCCUCACUGGGGGAAGUCGGCACAAUUGCAGAAGUCCCCACUCUCGGUAUAAAACAGGACAUUGCGCAGCUACAUUCGGAAAGCAUGAAAGCACACCUGGACCAGUCAAAUACACAAUGGAACGCCAAGCCGACUUGUCUCGCCCCUCAAAAACAUGAGGAAGGAGACUUUUUGUGCACCGACAGCUUUGUCUACCUGGCUGCUCCAGCCUGCCACCUACUGGGCCCUGCAGGAACCGCACCGUACAGCGGCAGGGAGUCCGACUCGGAGAGUUCGGGAUCCGGACCUGUUGAUAUGUCAUUACUGGGUUGUGGCUCGGUGGCAGGGGACAGUGACUGGGAUUCAGACCUUUCCGACUCGGAUCCGAGUCGCUCCUCCAGGCUCUCUGCCGCUGGGAACAAAGCUUCCGUGGCGCGAUCCAAGCGGAUGCCUGCUGAGCCGGGCUGGGACUUGUUUGGAGAAACCACUGAAGCCGAAGUGCUGACUGAGCUCUUCACGGAACAGAACAAAAACAACAACGGCAAAGCAAGGAAGGUCACCGGGGUCGGUGCCGGCCUGGAAGACACAGCAGCCGUUCCUGUGGCAACGGAACAUGUCACUACGCCGGUGAAACGGGCGACAUCAGCAGAGCAUUCGUCGACAGCAAAGAAGGUGACUUGGCAGUUUCGACCAGCCCAGAGGUCCGUCUGCACAGGAAGCAGGAAGGAUAAAGAGAAGGAAGUGACAUCAUUAUCAUUGGUAGGGUUAACAGAACUGAGUGGCGGCGAGACCAAUAGACCUUCAUCCUCAUCGUCUUCAUCCUCAUCGUCAUCUUCCUCGGGGUGAUUUGUGAAAUUUUUUUUGUGCAACCAUUUUGGAAAAGCUUCUUUGGAGGAGUCUUCUACCUGAAGCUUAGUUUAUUGCCGAAAGAUGAAGAAGAAGAGAAAACAACUGGAACAACAAAAAACAUGUUGCCUCCUGCAAUUGCCUUCUUCUGACAAACUAACUGCAUAAAAGACUAGUUAAUUGUUGCAUUUUCUUACACUGACCUCCACAAUGUGAUCGGUUCAAAGUAAUUGUCUGAUUGUAUUUGAAUUAUUAUCGGCUCAGUCGCUGUCUGUUGACAGAUGAGCCCACCCAGUGCUGACAGCCCUUGAAUUUGCCUCAUUACAAACUGGGAGUCUGUGGUGACACUUCCUGGAAAAAUCCCCCAAAAAACACGAUUUUGAAAUUUGAGAAGUGAGAACCAAAAACCGACCUUCAUUGAUUGCCACACAGGCGUUGCCACGUGAAAUCGAAUGGGAGCUCUUGGAGAUUGUACAUUUGAGACUCAGGCAAAACACAAAGGUUGAGAUUGUGUGAAAAUGCGACCUUUGACACUUGGUAAGAUGUGCACUGUCAUUCUUCAGGGGUUUUAACAAAAGAAACACAGGGUUGAUUUAUUCCAAACAUAUUCACAUUAUUCUCUAUCUAAAUAAGAAAUAUGAAUAGUUCUUUGAUUGUUUUUUUUACUCUAUUGAAUGUACUGCACAGGAUAUACACAACGACAAAGAAAUAUCCACCUUAAAACGUAGUUAAACAAGGAUUCUGAAUGAUUUCACGCUGUCAUCUGUAUUUAAAACAAAUACUACAAUGCAUGAAUUCAGUUAUCAUAAACCCAAAAAAUUCUGUUUGAAAAAAAAGUAUUUUCUGUGGGACACGGCUAUUGCGUUAUCUAUUUAUAAAGAUUUAACAAUGUAAAUGUGUCUCAGGCCUUAUAUCAAAUUACACUUCCUUCCCAAUGUAAUGCCUCUCUUUGAUACCUAAUCCUCCCAAUUCACAUAUUCUUUAAAAAAAAUUAAAAAGGUUGAACUUUAAAGUUUAUAAUGUAUUUUAUAAUUACAUACAACUUUUAAGAGCAUUUAACAGCGUGUCAAUAGUAUAUUUUGAAACAUUGAGGGUUAGGGUUAGGGUUGAUGAUUAUAUAAUAUAUAGAUAUGGAAAUAUUUAGUAAUAACAUUUAAUUAAGAUAAAUUGUUUUAUUUAUCAUUUUCAAUUUUAAAAUAUGAAUGUAAUAAUUGAGCAAUAUGCUUAAGAUUGAUGCUAUAUUCUCUGUUUCAUAAGUGGAAAGUGUUGCCAGUGGUGUGUAUAGAAAUGGCUGAGUUUUUUGUGUUUAUACAGCCAAAUACUAGUUGUAAAAGCUUGUUUUGAGGUUCCA